AUGUCGUGGCUCUUCGGGCUGAACCGGGGCGGGGGCGGCGAUCCGGGGGUGGGAUCUGGGCUGCCCCCCUUACCGCCUCCGCCUGGGGGGGGCCCCGGGGACGGGACGGGCCAAGGGAGCCGCCCCAAGGACAAAUGGAGCAACUUCGACCCCACCGGGCUGGAGCGCGCCGCCAAGGCCGCCAGGGACCUCGACGCCUCUCGCCAUGCAAAGGAGGCCCUCGGCAUGGCCCAGAUGCAGGAGCAGACGCUACAGCUGGAGCAGCAGUCCAAACUGAAGGAGUACGAGGCCGCCAUAGAGCAGCUGAAAAACGAACAGGUCCGGAUCCAAGCAGAGGAGAGGAGGAAGACGCUCAAUGAGGAGACGAGGCAGCAGCAGGCUAGAGCGCAGUACCAGGACAAGCUGGCCAGGCAGCGUUACGAGGACCAGUUGCGGCAGCAGCAACUUCUUAAUGAAGAGAGCCUGAGGAAGCAGGAAGAGUCGGUUCAGAAGCAGGAGGCCAUGAGGCGUGCUACGGUGGAGCGGGAAAUGGAACUUCGGCACAAGAACGAGAUGUUGCGCGUCGAAGCCGAGGCCCGUGCCCGUGCGAAGGCUGAACGGGAGAAUGCGGACCUGAUCCGAGAACAAAUCCGGCUAAAGGCAGCUGAGCACCGCCAGACGGUGCUGGAUUCCCUCAAGACAGCCGGGACUCUGUUUGGGGAAGGAUUUCGUGCCUUUGUAACUGACUGGGACAAAGUGACAGCCACGGUGGCUGGCUUGACCCUCCUGGCAGUGGGCAUCUACAGUGCUAAGAACGCCACCGCUGUGGCCGGGCGGUAUAUCGAGGCUCGCCUGGGCAAGCCGUCCUUGGUGCGGGAGACUUCCCGCAUCAGCCUGCUGGAGGCGCUCAAGCAUCCUGUGAAGGUGGGGAAGCGUCUUGCCAGUAAGCCCCAAGAUGCUCUGGAAGGAGUGGUUCUCAGUCCCAAGCUGGAGGAGCGGGUCAGAGACAUCGCCAUCGCGACCCGGAACACGAGGAACAACAAGAGCUUGUACCGGAACAUCCUCAUGUACGGCCCUCCCGGGACCGGGAAAACACUCUUUGCGAAGAAAUUAGCCAUGCAUUCUGGCAUGGAUUAUGCCAUCAUGACCGGUGGCGAUGUCGCCCCCAUGGGGCGGGAAGGAGUUACUGCCAUGCACAAGGUCUUCGACUGGGCGAAUACCAACCGCCGAGGCCUCUUGCUGUUUGUGGACGAAGCUGACGCGUUCCUGCGAAAGAGGGCCACGGAAAAGAUCAGCGAAGAUCUGAGAGCGACGUUGAACGCCUUCCUUCACCGGACGGGACAGCACAGUAACAAGUUCAUGCUUGUCUUAGCCAGCAACCAGCCUGAGCAGUUCGACUGGGCCAUCAACGACCGGAUAGACGAAAUGGUUCACUUCAAGCUGCCAGGCCUAGAGGAGCGGGAGCGGCUGGUCCGGAUGUAUUUCGACAAGCACGUCCUGAAGCCGGCCACGGAGGGCAAGCAGCGCCUGAAGCUGGCCCAGUUUGACUACGGGAAAAAGUGCUCCGAGAUUGCCAAGCUGACAGAAGGCAUGUCUGGCCGGGAGAUCUCACAACUCGCCGUGGCCUGGCAGGCUGCAGCCUACGCCUCAAAGGACGGGGUGCUCACGGAGGCCAUGAUAGACGCCCGGGUAACAGACGCUGUCCUGCAGCACAAGCAGAAAAUGGAGUGGCUGAAAGCCGAAGGGGUAGAGCCCGGCAAGAGCCAGCCCCUGCCCCUCGCGCUGGGGAAGUCGGUGUGAA